UUUCUCCUAAUUCUUUCUCAUUAAAUUAGCGAGCUGUUAAGUUUUAAAUUACAGUCGAAACCUCUGCAAAGAGGGACUUGUGUUCGAGAAGGCUCAAGUUACCCGUCAAGGCACUGGAGGUAUGGAUGGUCCCGAACUUUCAACGUCAGGCAACCUUUACUGUGUGAAAUCCAUGAAUAGUUGCAACGAUUGGAGAUAUGAGUUUCUUGCAGAUCACCGGUUACAAUGACUUGUCAACAUCCUUCGUUUCUCGGGUUGAUUUAAGUAAUCCCAUUCUCUUCUUCCCUCUCCCAACUUUAAUAAUGUCAAAUGUAAGCUAUUAAAGAAUUAUAGAUAAAGUAUACAUGAAAAAAUGUAUAAUGAUAAAAAAAAAUACAAUUGAUUUUUUUUGCUCUUUCUAGGUUGCUGUUUCCCAUUGGAUAUAGAAGUAUGAAGAUAUUCAAAUAUGGAUAAGGAACGUGCUGAUUUUAAGACAGGUUAUCCCGAAAGCUCUAAUGUAUCUAUUCCUAUCAGGUCUAAAGGAGUAAUUAGGCCCCAAACCCAUUCUGCAGUAGUUGCACUAAAGAGGGAAAUUUCUUUAUGGAACGGUAUAUCUCUUAUAGUUGGAGCCAUAAUUGGAUCAGGGAUUUUUGUUUCUCCAGGUGGGGUCCUGCAGCAAAAUGGCUCCUAUGGUCUAUCGCUGCUUACUUGGACUGUUGGGGGUGUGUUUUCAAUGCUUGGAGGCCUGUGCUAUGCUGAAUUGGGUACAACUAUUACAAAAUCUGGUGCAAGCUAUGCAUACAUUUUGGAAGUAUUUGGCAGUUUCGUUGCUUUUCUUAAACUCUGGGUGUCAAUACUUAUUAUUCAGCCCACUGCACAAGCUGUUAUUGCCAUCACUUUUGGCAACUACCUGGUGCAGCCGAUCUUUGUAAACUGCCGUACACCAUAUAUAGCAGAACGACUACUCGCAGCUAUUUGCAUCAGCAUGCUUACUUUUAUAAACUGUUCCAGUGUAAAAUGGGGAACAAGAAUUCAAGAUGUGUUUACGAUUGCCAAAGUUAUCGGCCUCAUCAUCAUUAUUGUUACAGGGCUGGUUAAACUGGGCCAAGGUGAAACUGAUUUUGGUUCCUCAUUCAGUGGUUCAGUGUGGGAUGCUGAUAAGAUCAUCUUGUCCUUUUAUUUUGUACUAUUCUCUUAUUCCGGUUGGGACACCCUUAACUAUGUAACAGAAGAAGUUACAAAUCCUGAAAGGAAUCUUCCACUUGCGAUUUUCAUUUCAUUGCCAGUGGUGAUUAUCUUAUAUAUUCUAACAAUUAUAAGUUAUUACAUAGUGUUAGAACCAAAUACCAUCCUCACCUCUGAUGCUGUGGCAGUGACAUUUGCAGAAGACACACUAGGAAUAAUGAAAUGGAUUGUCCCAAUGGCAGUGUCUAUAUCUUGUUAUAGCAGCCUCAAUGCAUCUAUUAUAAUAGCUUCAAGGUUGUACUUUACUGCAGCCCGUGAAGGACAUCUCCCUCAAAUAAUGUCAAUGAUCCAUGUGACACGAUUGACACCAGUACCAGCACUAAUAGUAAAUGGAAUUUUAUCAAUUAUCUACCUAAGUGUACGGGAUGUCUAUAGACUCAUUUACUACUUCAGCUUUAGUUAUUGGUUCUUUAUUGGAUUGGCUGUUACUGGGCAAAUUUACCUGCGCUGGAAGCAGCCAAAUCGACCCAGGCCUCUGAAGAUCAGCAUGUUUUAUCCAACCCUCUUCUGCGUAUGCAUUUUGGGUUUGAUAGCAGUGCCUGCAUACACCGACACUAUUAAUUCCCUAAUUGGGAUUGGAAUUGGAUUGACAGGAAUCCCAGUCUAUUUCUUAUCAAGAUUGGUGUCAAGAGUAUCAUAUCCUGUUUGGAUACAGAGGAUUUCAGGUAAAAUGCUUAAUAAACAAUAAGCACUUGAAUUUUUUCCGAUGAUUAUUUGUUUCUUUCAAUUUGUGCUCAACAUAAAAUUAUCUAUGAUAGACCAUAAAAAAUAUACCAAAUAUUUUUGUGAUAGUAAAUUUGAAGCUGCUUUGACACAGCAUUUGAGUUUUGCAAUUCGUCUCUUACUUCAGCUCCAAAAGGAAAGUAGCAAAGUAGCUGGGUAACAAUCUGAAAAACAAGCUC